AUGCAAACAUCAUAUCGCCUUCUCUCCCAUCUUCGACGCCCCCACCACAAGCUUACUCCUCUUCCUUUCACUUCUUCUUCCUCUUCCUCCUCAGCUUUUGGACUUCCUUUAGCUCUAGGCCACGGGGGUUCAGUUUUCCAAUCACCGAGAAGCUGCUACCGACGCGAAUGCGAAGACGAAGCUUGUUUAGAGGAAGACGAUUUUGCAAGAAAACCCAAACCCGUCCCUUACUUUGGCUCUUCGUGCAAUCAGUCUCGUGGGCUCUCGGCAUUGGAUUGCUCCCGAGUGUCUGUCCCGUUACCUGGCUCGGUUUCUCUGGGCGGCGAUCACAAGCAUCGGGAUUUCCAUAAUGGGUUUCUUCGUCGUGGAUUUUUUACCAGAGCCAAGCAAGUGAAGAAGAUUGAAAUUAGUGAUCAGCACAGUCAACGAGCAGUCACAACAGCACUUUGGUGCAAUUUUCUCGUCUUUUCUCUUAAGUUUGGGGUGUGGUUUACGUCUUCCAGUCAUGUUAUGCUGGCUGAAGUUGUGCACUCAAUUGCCGAUUUUGCAAAUCAGGCACUUCUUGCUUAUGGUCUGAGCAGCUCAAGGCGUGCACCAGAUGCACUUCAUCCUUAUGGCUACUCCAAGGAAAGGUUUGUCUGGUCUUUGAUAUCUGCUGUUGGUAUCUUUUGCCUUGGUUCUGGUGCUACAAUUGUCAAUGGAGUUCAGAACUUGUGGAGUUCUCAGCCUCCAGCCCACAUUGAAUAUGCAGCUUUGGUGCUUGGUGGUUCAUUUAUAAUAGAAGGUGCUUCUCUUCUUGUCGCCAUACAAGCUGUCAAGAAAGGUGCAUCUGCAGAAGGUAUGACGUUCAGAGACUAUGUAUGGCGUGGUCAUGAUCCCACAGCUGUUGCAGUGAUGACAGAGGAUGGUGCUGCAGUGACUGGAUUGGUUAUAGCUGGAGCAUCAUUGGUUGCCGUCAGUGCCACAGGGAAUCCAAUUUAUGAUCCUAUUGGUUCAAUCAUAGUUGGCAACCUUUUGGGAAUGGUCGCUAUCUUCCUUAUUCAAAGGAAUAGGCACGCUUUGAUCGGCCGAGCAAUGGAUGACAAUGAUAUGCAGAAGGUUCUUCAUUUCUUGAAAAAUGACUCGGUUGUGGAUUCUCUUUAUGAUUGCAAAAGCGAGGUGAUUGGACCGGGAUUUUUCAGAUUUAAGGCAGAAAUAGAUUUUAAUGGCGAGGUGGUGGUGCAGAAUUAUCUCAAUAGGAUUGGACGGGAAGACUGGGCAAGACAGUUCCGUGACGCUUCAAAGCAAAAGGGUGAUACCGCGCUUCUGAAGCUAAUGUCGGACUAUGGUGAGGAGUUGGUGACAGCGUUAGGAAGCGAAGUUGAUAGGCUUGAAAAAGAGAUACAAGAUCUUGUCCCUGGCAUCCGCCAUGUUGAUAUCGAGGCACACAACCCUACCGGCCCCAAUCCGUGA